UUAUCUGAAUCAAACGUAAGAACUUGAGUGUUUUCACCUUCUAAAUGGUGAAGUAGUAGAGCUUCUUGGUAUCUGUACGACUAAGAUUAUUUGUGCCAUGUAGUGUAACAAAUUGUUGUCAUAUAAAUGUUUUUAGAGCUUUCAUACCGACAGUCUCAUAUGAUCAUCAGAUCAUGUCUUCUCAGUUCUCACCAUAAGUUGUUUUGCAGAUGGAAUUUAUUAUACCAACUUGGGACAAUCAUUGAUCAGAUAGAGUAGAAACAAAAACAUAUGUUAUGUCUGGUUAGGCUGCUCAAAAUCAGAGAAUGAAUGUUUAGGGUUUUAAGUUCUCUGAGAACAUCAUAGGACCUACAGGUUCUACAUCUCUUGUUCACAUCCACACGUCUCUGUGUCUAAAUUUUGUUAUGAGAAUAUUGUGUAAGAAUACCCACAUGGUCAUGUCUUCUCAACUGAUGUUUUGAUCCACAAAUGUUGAGCAACCAGGAUUGGUUACUAACUUUAUGAUCCACAUAGAACAAAAGACGGAAGCAUGUGUAUCUGUCUGGUUUACUUGCUCUAACUGAUAAUAGUUUCUCCCCUUAUAUAAUUGAAUAAGCUAUUGGAUCUUUCAUCGCCCAGAACAUGCAUUCAGAGAGUUAUACAACACAACUUACAAAUCUCUUUCCCUUUCCGAUCAUAAGGAUUUUCGCUAUAAUGAUGAACACAAAGAAGCUACUCAAGAUGGCCAAGAAAUGGCAACAAAGAGCAGCCCUCCACAGGAAAAGAAUCUCAUUCCAAAGAUCAAGUACAUCUACUAGCAGCUCAACGGCUGUAGAAAAGGGUUGUUUUGUGGUCUACACGGCGGAUAAAACCCGCUUUGCUUUUCCGCUAAGUUACCUGAGCAACUCUAUUUUCCGAGAAAUCUUAAAGAUCUCUGAAGAAGAGUUUGGCCUCCCAAGCGAUGGACCAAUCACCUUGCCAUUUGACUCGGUUUUCUUGGAAUAUCUGAUCAAAAUGAUCGAACUACGAAUGGAUGGAGAUACAGAAAGCGCUCUGUUAAUGUCAAUCUCUAGUGCUAGAUGUUCUUUGCCAUGCUCUCUACAACAACUGCUUGUAUUUUAGAGAACUAGUGUGCAGCAUUUUUUUUUGCGUUUGUAAGGAUUCAGUUAUUUUAGAUUAGACAGGUUAUUACAGAUAUACAAACCAUUAUUCUUUUUUUUUCUCUCUAAUAUAUUGUCUCAUCAAAAUCAAACUUCCAGUGUAAAGAAUGAAAAAUGAACUUGUUUAGUUUACUCAACUGUUUUGCCCUGAAACUUUCUGCCAUAAAAAAUGGUAACGUUGUUAAAAUUUUCAAUCAGUCGUCCUAAUGAAUCUCUUUGAUAAUAUAAGAGAAUGGGCAAGAACCUACAGACCCGAGAUGUUUCUAUUAUCUUAAGCUUAACCUGCGAUAGUAGGCAUAGUUGAGUCGCUAGCGAGAAAAUACAGUAUGUGGAUUGUGGACUACAUGCUCUUCUGCUUCGAUUCACUAGCUAGCACACGUCUUUCUUUGUAUCUAUCUAUUUCUCUCAUCAUUAAUGGUAACCACAGUUUUGUUGUCCUUCAUUUCACCAGAAGAUUUGCUGUACCCUACCUAACUUGGCCUAUUAUUUUGUGACACAUUUAAUUUUGCUGAUGGAUCUACUAACCAGCCUCAAACCAUUAUACUAGCAAACAAAUCUGUAGAGAAGCAUGAAUUUAGUAUUUUUGACUUCUCAUACAAGUUCUCAAUAAAAGUCUUUAGUACCAAAAUCUUGUUGUAUUUGGUUAUAUAGCUUUUCAUGUCCACAGGAUCAUGUCUUCUCACCAUAUAAGUUGUAUAGUACACAGGUUGAUUUGCAAAUGUACUUCAUUACCAUUCCGGUCAGUUUCGCUGGAUCUCAAAUGCGUUGAUAAGUGAACCAAAUUGGCACACUCUGUAAGAUGCAAAGAAGGCUGUGAUGAUGUUAGUGAAUUGAUCUAUGGACAAUGACUAUCACAAAACACUCUUAAGACAGGAGUGUAUUAAGUAAUAUGUCAAAAUGUAUAGCAAAACCUCAGUAAAACAGAGCGAGGUUUAAAACGUGACUACAACCGCUUCUCUGAACAAAAAAAAAACUGUAAACGAAUCCAAAUGCAAAGCCACUUGCAGUCCAAGAGACCAUGUCAGACAAUUAGCAAAGAACAAUCUCAUUACACUGCACAAAAAACAAUAUAAAAGACACAAGUGAUACGGAAAAUACAACAACCAAUUAGGUUAACACUAAAAGGAGGUAAAACAGUAAUAGUUAACUUAUUGAAAAAAAAAGCUAGCAGUGUCGCAAAGGGCUGUUCAUUGAAUUUCUGCCUCUGAAAAAACGAAAUGUCCAACUACAUAUGUAAAGUUCAGACAUCAGACAGAUACCAUUGGCAAUAAUAAAUAACACAAAACAAACUCAAAAGAUUAAUAAAGGGUAAACUGCAAUCUCAGCCGAAAGAUGGUGAUCUAGAGAUUAAUAAUCAUGGGAUUAUCAUUAAAUAUGGACGAUUUUAUUCAUCAUUGAUCGCAGCAAAGAGGGUUUGAAAGCACAAAAAAAAAAAAAAAAAAACUUAGAGAAGAGGUCAGAUGGUAGUGCAUGUCUAUGAAUCAACAAUGUAAAUUCAGAUUUGCAGACGUAUGGUUAUAAUAAUCAUCCUCAUUCCUCAUUCUUCCAAACAUAAAAAACAUAGAGAACAGAUCUUUGCGAUAUAAAAACACAACUGAACUACUCUGCAGAAGCAGAUCAGACUGGGUGUCACAAAACAAUUAUGCCUUUUCUUCACUUCCAAUUAACACCAUUGGAGAAAACAAAACACAAGAAUUAUGAAAAUCUUUUUUUGUUGAAAAUUAGGGAAUCAGACGAGAAUAGUCAAUCACCAUGUUGCCAACCAUCGCAAUGGAUGCAAAUAAGACUGGGGCGACAAUUCCUUAUCAUCACUUUCUCCUAAAGUAAUGAACACAGAAACAUAAAUAAUCGAUUAGGCAGAGCUAGAGAAGAAAUAU